CAAGUUUAGCAGACAGAAGCGGGUAUAAGCAGACGAACUGCUUGAAAACUGGACCCAAAGUGUGUUGUACUUAGAUUGAUUCUAAAUAAAGUAAAAGUACAUACAUAUUUUGAAUAUCACAACACGUUUGUUUAAUUGUUUAUAACAUUUACUACAUGAAUGUCUGAAAGGUAGAAAAAUUGACAUACUGGUAUUCCAACUUUUUGAUUGGAUAGUGAAUCGUGGUUUUUAAAAUAUGCACUUUCAAAUUUACCUCAAAAACAAAAUGUAAAAAAUCUUUAUCGUUUCAAAUUCUUUUUCUCUUUCAAUUAUAAAUACAAUGUUGUUCUAAGAAUUACACAGUACGUACUGAUAAAAUGAUAUUAUAUACGGUAUUUAUUAACUAGCCCAUUAACUUUCGUCGCCAUUCUAUUUAUGUUAUGUUUCCUGUGGUAAUUUUACAUGUAGUAGAGAUUAUAAAAUUAUAGCGUAAUUUUGAAAAACAGCAUAUAAGCGGUAAUUGAUGACAAACUGAUAAAUUAAUCUCGUAUAGUUUUGUCUGAAUCAGUUGGGUGUCAAUUGGUACCGGUACUUCUGUAAGCAAUUAUUUAACGACAAAGCCACGCGGGCACAUUUAUUGAAAUUUAUUACUUCGCUAUAAUUAUUAGAAUUCAAAUCUCAUGUAAACAGCACACGGACUUUAUCGUGUCAUUCAAUUUAAUGAUCCUUAUUAUGUAAUUUCUGUACGACACAAUGCUAUGCUCAAAAAAUCGUGGAUGAAACUUAUUCGAAGUUAUAGUACAAGUGGUGUCUUUCGAAAAUGACUGACAUUUCUUCACCGUCUACUUUUACGAGAUGGUACUUUACAAAUUUGCAGAAUAAUCAAUAAUGUGUUGACUUUUAUAAAAUGUAUUGCUAGAACCGGUUUUGUGAUACUCAACAAUAUUUAUUGUAUACCUACAUAUGCAGUAUGGAUGACAUUAUUGUUCCCUGUAAAAUUUUAUCAACCACAAGUAUAUUGGCGGAUCGAAGGGCUAUUUUUCCAUUGGUUACUAGCAAUGGUUUCAAUGUGGACUUGGUCUGCAGGCUAUGAUAUAAUAGAGCAAGGUGAUGAUAUACAAAAAAUUAUUAGUGAAAGGACAUUAGUAAUAGCGAAUCAUCAAAGUACCGGCGAUGUUCCUAUGCUAAUGACAACUUUUAAUGCAAAGCCAAAUGUAUUACCUAAUUUAAUGUGGAUUAUGGAUAGGAUUUUCAAAUUCACAAACUUUGGUAUAGUUUCUGUUUUACAUAAGGACUUCUUUAUUGUAUCUGGACGUAAAAAACGGGAGGAAAGUUUAAAGCAGUUAGAAAAACAUUUGAAAGAGGCAUAUAUUCCACUGAAUAGAAAAUGGAUGGUUUUGUUCCCAGAAGGAGGUUUUUUAUGUAAAAGAAGAGAAACCUCACAAAAGUAUGCUAAAAAGAAUAAUCUGCCAAUUCUAGAAAAUGUUACUUUACCACGGGUAGGAGCAAUGCAAACUAUAUUUGAUACAGUUGGUCCAUCACAAGAAAAUAAUAGUACAGAACAAGAGUUAAAUAAUAGACCAAGUACAACCAUAGCUAAACCAACAAUUAAUUGGGUUCUUGAUAUAACAAUAGCAUAUCCUCAGGGUAAACCAAUUGACUUACCUACAAUUAUUACUGGUUCUAGACCACCAUGUGAAACAGUUUUGUUUUAUCGAAUUUAUCCUAGUUCAGUGGUUCCGCGAGAACCCGAAUUAUUGUCUAAAUGGUUGUAUGAUAGGUGGGCUGAAAAAGAGACACUUUUGGAUAAUUUUUAUAAGUAUGGAACGUUUCUUGGUAAACAAGCAUCUGCUAAUGAAGGUUCCAAGAUCCAUCAGGAUCCAUUAAGAUUCCUAGUCCUUCACUUAUUUUUCAUAACAUCUAGUUAUAUACAUUAUAAUAUAUUUACAUAUGUACUAUCUUGCUUCUGGUAAAGCAUUUUAUGCUAUCUAAGAAAUCACAUUCAAACAUAAGUAAAUUAUAAUUUAGUAAAGUAAAAAUAUUCCUGCCUUAAAAAUUAUUUUUGAUGUUGACUAACAAAACUGAUGAAUGUAUGAAUUGUCAAUUCCAGGUGAAUGUUUAUAAUGUAAUUAUGUCACAGAUAGUUGAUUACAACCAUUACUUUUAAUGUUAUGACUCAUUUGAUUGCAUAUCUAUUGUAGUAAUGAAAUGAACAUAAAUGAAUAAUGGAAUUCUUUUUUUUUCAUUAACAAAAUUCAUGAUAAAAAUUUCUUUAACCGUUUCUUCUAAACAUAUUAUAUUUCAUGACAUUUCAUUACAUUAGUUUAAAAUGCAGUUAGACAAAUUUAUUUGUGGCAAUAGAUAUUUGCAAAAAGAGAUUAUAUAUUUUACUUAAAUAAAGAGUAAUCUAAGUUCAUUUCAAUCAAAAGAGCUGUUAAAUAUUAACGCUUGAGCAGUUUUAAAAGUGUAAAGAUUUAUAACAUUUUAAGUUAUAUGCUACUUCAUCUUAGAGAUUAUUUAAAGAUUUUGUAGAAAAUUCAUUGUACACAAUACAGUUUAAAAUUCAUAUUAUCUAUAUAAAUCAAGUGGUUUAACAUUGUUGAUUCAACUAGAGAUAUUUAAUGCUACCAGUUGCAUGAUAGUUUUAAAUGUGCUGCAUUAAUACAAACAUUGUCCUUUCUAUUUCUUCAUUUAUUAUAAAAUGUGAAAAUGUGUUUACUUGACUGUCUGUCUGGAGGAUUUGGCAGCAUUUCAGGGGAUUCUCAUAAUGUCCUGCAUGUGUGUUUUGUAAUAAAAUAUCUUAAGUAGAAUCUUCCAAUGGAAUUGCAAGAGGUAAUGGAAAAUUAUUGCUGGUGUAAAAGCAGCGAUAAUAAAUGCCAUUUCAAAGAAAUAUCGAUUUAUUUGUGAUAAAUAAUAGAAAAACAAAUAUUUUUCAAUGCGAAGUCAAUCAUAUAAAUUUUUUAAAUUACGAAGUAGAUGUGAAACUUGAUGCAAACUGUUCAAAAGUUUGACAGAAAUAAAGAUAAUAUCUUACAAGAUCUGUCAAAAGAAGUAAGAUGUGUACUUCAUUGCUAAAUUUCAACCAGAAAUAAUAUUGUUAUGUAAAAGAAGAUAACGCGUCAACUGUGCCUUGUUCCUAAGGACAAACCUCAGUGUUAGUUGUAUAUAAGCAUAUGCAUAAUUUUCAUAGUUAAAUCAAUGCCUACAAUUAGUUUUUAAGAUGCUCAUAUUACAUCACUUUACAAAUAAAAUUUAUAAUUGCAUCUAUAUAGUAAUGAUACAGUUAUUAAAAAUGUCCUCGAUGCUGCCUAUUUGGUUAUUGUAAAGUAAAAACUACAAACCAAAUCGAAAGCAAUUUUUAGACUGAUUAAUUCAGAAGAAGAAUUUAGCUAAAGCACAUAUGAAAUGGACAUUUGUUGCCAUGAAAUAGUUGUAGUAGUUAACUCUUUGUUGUAAUUAUUAUUAAUGAAACGCAUUUCGAAUACAAUAUGGAUAUCAAUUCUAUGAUAAAGUGAAAUGUAAUUGUGAAACAAUUUAAUUGCGGUUAAUGUUUAUACAAAAUAAUAGAUGUAAAUAUUGUCCACAUAUUUAAGAGUGUUAAGUCUCUACAGUACAUAACUGUAUUAGAGCAUAAAUUUAUAAAGUUACAUAAAUUUUAGUAUGAUUUUAUUUUUGAAUUAAUAUAAAACUUAUUUAUAUAAAGAA